CCUACAGACUUUUAGAAUUUGUUUUGUUUUGUUUAUUCUCAUCUGCCGAAUUAAUAUUCCUGCAUAUAUUUCGGGAACAAAUCAAAAUCGAAUUUUUAGGACAAAGCAAUUUCGAGAACAUGCCACACGAUACUUUCAUGUAGCCUACGAACGGAGCUAGAGACUACUUGGACAGUCAAGUCUGCUGAUUUGACAACUGUUUUGUCGCUUUGCCACCGACCGCCCCCUUAUUCGCCACUCAGUUUCUCAAGAGUUGCAAGGGUCUGCACACCAAACAAUACAACUUCGUCCCGCACGGGGCGAAACCAACUUUUAAAUCCAAUACUGGCCGCAGAAUGUAUGUUUGCUUCAAAUUUCCCGUGUUUAAAGCUCUGUCACACUCUGAAGAAGAGGAGCCUGCUCAAAUUUGGAAGAUAGGGUGCUAAGUGGAUUGGCCCAAAGCAGGAGCGCGAGAGAGAGACAGAGAGCAAGGGGAGGGGUGGGUGAACCUAAUCCCUCUAAUCCAGGAGGCGUCCAAUCCCAGAGAAACCCUCUUUUUCUUAGAAGACACAGACAAAUGUAGUGUGACAGAUAACGGCACACCAAUUAACUAUUUUCAGCCAAAAAAAAUUCUUCCCCAUCCUUUUACAGAUUAAGUUGAAUGACUCACACUUAAAUGUGUGUGGUCUUGGAUUCACUCAAGAAGAAAACAAAGGAUAAAAAGGUUUUAAUCGUGAGGACCAAGAGCAACGUCUGAACAUCUUGUGGAAUUUGUAACACGUCUAGGGGAUAAAACCCUUGAUGGUGGGAGGCAGUGGUGUGGUCUUCUUCAGUCAGCUUUACGUCUUCCCACAGAAUCAAAUCUCCUCUUCCGUUAUGAUCUCCAAAGAGGACUCCACAGGACCGUUGAUUGAACAGUGAGGCUGGCUGUAGAUUUGUUUGGUGUUUGUGCUUUUGGCCUAUUGAACUAUAUAUGAUGUGUGCAACUACUAGUCACCAGUAGACUUCUAGCGACUCUUUACACACCUAUAGAAAAUGAGAACAGGUGAAUCAGAUGAUGAAGUUGAAAUGUUGAUGACGGUACAUAGUCCAUGGCAUUAAGAUAACCUUUAGGGGCAGAAUUCACAGCCUCAGUGUGCCAUAUGCAGUUUGUGUGUUUCUUUGACUGGCUCCAGUGCCUUCAAACAUAAGAAGUAGUAUUGUUAUCCCGUGAAAAGAGCAUUUCACAACGGUUCGGUAGUUAGAUUGGUAGAAGCACCUGGAUUUACUACGGUCACCAUCUUAAGUGUUGCUGCAUUCCGUACCGUGUAGUACCUAGGCAGAGACGGAGGGCACUUAAAACGCAAACAACAAAUGAAAAAGUGCUUCUGAACCUGUGAAUCCUAUUAGCUUUCCUUAACAAGUUAUUUAUAAAUGAUAACAGUUUGACACACAGGAUCGGACGAGUGACACCAACAAGCUUGCUCAGAGUCAGCCCAAUCGGGAAAGAAUUUUGAUGAGGUUUGCAUAGAGUGCUAAAAUAUUGACUCUUGUUUUACAAGUCGCUUGUAAAAUGUAAGCGGAGUGAUUAGUGUCUAGACAGGAGGGAUGUUUGUUUGUAAAUAAGGCCUGAAAGAGAUCUGGCAACGGUAAUUCUGAUUUUCUGUGUGUUUCAGGACACUGUGGGGAACUACAUAAAAGGGAGAAUCUAGAUGAAUUGCUGAAAUUGGCAUUUGGUACAUUCUCUGAGGGGUAAACAGCCAAUUUGGGAGUACUGAGUUACUUGUUUGUAAAAGAGAGAGAGACGUUGUAGGUGCCAUGAUUACAGCAUCUUGGCAGUGCUAUUCGCUUCGUGUAUACCCAGUUGAGAUCCAUUUAACCCAGCGUAAGCUCUGACAUAGAUGACAGCCCUGGGGUCUCCUACUCUUACCUCAAACAUACACAUCUCUUUUUGUCUGUAAGAAAAGUUUGUGUAUAUCAUUCCAACACAGGAUCCCAACCUUCAGGACUGUAUGCAAACACUUGGCCGCAUCGUGCCUUUUUCAUACCCCACAGUCUGAUCUGUGAGUAGUAGCAGGAUUUUUUUAUACUUUAAAUGACUACACAAGACUCAAGAGGUAGACACUCUACAACUGCACCACCUACUUUUCAGGGAACUCUGGAAGAAUAUUGGGUGUGUAUUUGACCAGUAAAUUCUGUAUGGAUUUUUCUCACUUUGAUUAAGACAGGGGUUGUGAUUUCUUUCGCGUUGCUUUGGAAUUAAGGGCUCUAAUCGGUGCCCGGGAGGAUCUGAGUGAUAAGGGUGUAUUUAUAUCAACUGGUUCAGCCACCAUGAGUCUGGGCAAACUCCCAGGGAUUAAGGGCCUGGUGGCGAGCUCCCAGAGCAAACGUCGCUUCAAGAGCGACCUCUCUGUGGACAUGAUCAGCCCACCGUUAGGCGACUUCCGUCACACCAUGCACGUGGGCCGCGGCGGCGACGUCUUCGGAGACACCUCCUUCCUCAGCAACCAUGGCGGGCGCGGUGGUGGUGGUGGUGCGCGGAGCCCCGAGUCGCCCUCGGCCUCCGUCAAGAGCAGCCGGUUCUUCUCCCGAACCCUGCGCCACGUCCGCAAGGUCCCCCCGCCACGGAUGAGGGCGGGCUCCAGGGACCUGUCGCUGCCGCCCCCGCCCAUCUCACCCAUCAUCAAGAACGCCGUCUCCCUGCCCCAGCUCAACAUGGACAUGGGCAACGGCUAUGUGCAGCGAACCCUGUUCCCAAGCUCACUCAGCUCACCAGGGGACUCCCUCUACUCCUACGGUUUGCAGUCUGGCUUUGUCACCCUACCCCGCCUAUCUCGCCAUGACAAACAGUCCCAGGACUCCUACGGAACAUUAUCCCCAGACUUCCGCCGCGGGUCUCUCCUGGACAAUGGCAGUCUGACACGGUCGGACUCCCUGAGCUCCUUCACCGUCGACCUGGGCCCCUCUCUGAUGAGUGAGGUCCUGGGUAUGAUUGACAAUCCCAACAAUAGCCUUUCCACCAAUCACCACUGGUGCAAAGGCGACGAAGCGGGUGACCUGGACGAAGAUCACAGCUCUGUGUUUGAAUCGGUCACAGAGAGCCCCGUCAGGUAUCCUGCCAGCGUCGGUGCAGAGGACUCGCCCUACAACAGCAGGGGGCGCUCUUGCAGCCCCGAGUGGGGUUCAGAGACGCUGAACGGGGAUGAUAGCAAUGUCUCUGCAAGGGCCACUCCAGACGCCUCCAUGUGGUCUCCAGCACGGGAAGAGCCAGGGAUCGAAGUGGGGCAGUUUCGGCGUGCUGUGGACGUCCUGGCUCGUCACUAUGGAGGCGGCAGCCAGGUGAAAGGCAGGCGGUGUAGCAGCGACGAGACAAACGGCUCUUCCGUGCUCAGCCACAGGGAAGAAUCGUGUACCUAUCCAGACGAUGAAGAAGAGAUUAAAGUGUAAACAUAUGAGAAACAGACCUAAACAUUUUGUAGUCAGGUAGUACACAAAUGCCAGUGCAUCUCUUAGCACCUGGGACCAAAAGCUUGGAGUGAAAUAUUCCCAAAGACAUUUUCAUAAACACUUUGUUUUUCAGAUGUAGUCCAAGUCUCAGUGAGGUCCUGCUGUAAUGCUUGUUCUUAUUUUUUUUAAGAAUGUGCAGGUUCAGUAAAGUGAAGGAGAAAAGGCUCUGGCUAUAAUCAUGCAUAAAACAACACAUUGGCAUUGAGAACACAAGGCAAAAUAAACAUUUGCUUUGACAACUGAAAAUGAAACCAGAUAAAAGAAGGCCAUCUAUGUUGUGACAGGAUAAAUGACACUAUGUUCACAACAAAACACAGGCCUGUCAGUGCUCUAGGGAGAAAGGCAAACUGUAUAGCACACAAGGACAGGAGCAGCAUCAGUGUCCCUGUAGUAUUAUCUUACCUGUCCACCAGUGACUCAUGGAUGACAGUGAGGUGAGGGUUGUCUGCCUUACAGUGGUAUUUGGGGGAGAGGGUCACCUGGAAUAAGGAAAAGCACAUCUGUACUUUCUUCCCUUUUAUACUGUGUACAUCAUAUAUUGUUGUAUAUACGUAUAUUGUUACCUUAUCACCAUGUCAACAUUUGGACACGUCUUGUAGAUGUUUCUUUAAUAACAGGAAUUGAUGCUGGGAUUGUUUUCCUGAGACACAAACUGUAACUCAGAGACAGAUGUACACCUUCUAAGAUGUCAGAGUUACCAAAACCACCAAGGGCUGGUCCCAGUCCUGGAGUAAACAUGAUUGGGGGUUUUUGAUAUGAAGAAAAUGUAGAACCUCGCCAUGUGAGUUUAAGUGCAAAGGUCUGCAAGAACUAAAACUAAAACCCAUUGACCAGAUGAGGACUACAGUGUAUAUGAAUUAGCAAAACAUUUUACUGACAUGCUUUCUUAAUCAGUCACAAUUCAAACCAUAUAAUGACUGACUUAUGAUUAUUUAUUUUUUUAAUCCAAAUAUACACAAUAACAACACAUAACAUAUGUUUGUAACAUGAAAACCAAUUUAAACAUGACACUUUUGUGUACUGACACAGUUUUAUGUACUUAAAAACAGCCAAGAAUGCUGUUUAUUUUAUGCUGGCUGAAGUGUGACAUUUUUUAAACACCCAUAGAGUAAUGGUAAACAUCUUCUUAACACUGGCCAAAUAAAACAAACAUUUCAAGAAAA